AGCAGUUAGGCCCGCCUCAGACAGUGGACUUCUGUCGGCACUCACUGCUCACAAGCUGCGGGGUAAUGUUCUGGGGGCGGUCCUUUGCACUUCUGGCUCUGAUUGGAAUCCCCCGCCCAACCGUUAGGAACGUUGAGGCAGCAUCCAGAAGUGGCACACCUGUACUUGUACUACCCGUUCUACAGGUGGACUGAGCCCCAUGUGGUGCUUCCUAACCACACUUCCGCUGGGAGAGAAGGUGCAGACUGUUGAAGAAGACACUGUGUGAAAGGAGCUCCUUAAAAAGUGCACGGCAUUGGCACCGUUGGGGUCGUUAGAGACUGGGCAGCCUCCACAGGGGACUAAAGCACACCUGUGUACCUAGCGGCUAGCACAAAGUGGCUCUGAAGAUCCAUGUCUUCAAGAAGUGGCAGUUUCCCUGUUGGUGGCGCCAGCAGCCCCCUGGGUCCCGCUGCACAACUUGGAGCAACAAUACAGGGCGGAAUGAGGUUGCUGGGUUCCCCAGCGGGUAUGUCGGGAGGAUACCGACCCAUGGGUCCCACGGUACCGGCUCCAUAUCAGCGUCCAGGGACACAAGGUUGUAGAAUGCAGAUGCCAGGAAUGCCUGUGGGUCCACCUUCAGGUUCACCGUACUUGACUGGUUCUCCCAUGAGACCGGGGCUUCCCCAGCCCAUGAUGGAUCCUAUCCGAAAACGCUUACUACCUUCAGGACAGCAACCGAAUCUCCCUAUGCAGAGACGCAGUAUCAAAAGAAGGAAGAUGGCUGACAAGAUCCUGCCUCAAAGAAUUCGAGAGCUGGUUCCUGAGUCACAGGCUUACAUGGACCUUCUGGCCUUUGAACGUAAACUGGACCAAACAAUCGCUCGAAAGAGAAUGGAAAUUCAAGAAGCUAUAAAAAAGCCGUUAUCUCAAAAGAAAAAACUACGAAUAUACAUCUCCAAUACCUUUACUCCAGCAAAACUUGAGGGAGAAGAAGCAGAAAGAAUUGCCUCAUGGGAACUUCGUGUGGAAGGAAAGCUAAUCGAUGAACUCGGAAAGCAGAAGAGGAAGUUUUCCUCCUUUUUCAGGAGUCUUGUAAUUGAACUUGACAAGGACCUGUAUGGACCAGAUAACCACCUGGUAGAAUGGCAUCGAAUGCCCACCACUCAGGAGACUGACGGCUUCCAGGUGAAGCGCCCUGGGGACAUUAAUGUGAAGUGUACAUUGUUGCUGAUGCUGGAUCAUCAGCCUCAGCAGUAUAAGCUGGAUCCACGGCUGGCCCGUCUCCUCGGUGUGCACACUCAGACUCGCGCCAACAUCAUGCAAGCUCUUUGGCUUUAUAUCAAGAACAACAAGUUACAAGACAGCCAUGAAAAGGAAUACAUCAACUGCAACCGCUAUUUCAAACAGAUCUUUAACUGCACAAGGAUGAAAUUUUCUGAGAUUCCUGUAAAGCUUGCCUCUCUUCUCCAGCAUCCCGAUCCAAUUAUUAUCAGCCAUGUCAUCAGUGUUGAUCCUAAUGACCAGAAGAAGACUGCUUGUUACGACAUAGAUGUUGAAGUAGAUGAUCCACUUAAGAGCCAAAUGAGCAACUUUCUCGCAUCGACAACUAACCAGCAGGAGAUUGCAGCGCUUGACAUGAAGAUACAUGAAACUAUUGAAUCUAUCAACCAGCUGAAAACCCAGCGGGACUUCAUGCUCAGUUUCAGCAACAAUCCGCAGGAAUUUAUUCAAGACUGGCUAAAGUCACAGUGUCGAGACUUAAAGAUUAUGACGGAUGUAACUGGAAACCCUGAGGAAGAAAGAAGAGCAGAUUUCUUUGAGCAGUCAUGGACACAGGAAGCUGUUGGCAGAUACAUUUUCUCAAAGGUGCAGCAGCGGAGACAGGAACUGGAACAAGUGCUGGGAAUCCGCCUAACCUGAACCAAACAUCCACCACUCGAGUGUUUACAGCAGAUGGUUCAAUACUUAUGUCUUGCUUGUAUCAUACGAUCUCAGGUCAAGGUUGCUUCCUGUCGUAAACUUUGUCAUGAGCAUUUAAAUGCUGCAGUUAGACUGAAUUUUUGUGGUCAAGGGUCUCAAGACUCUUCUGUAUGAUUUAGCUCUGGAGAGCAUUCUUAUGUCAGGGACUAAAUGUUUCAUAGAAACAUGUUUGUUUUGCAUAAUUAUAAAGCACUCUUUUUCUACCAGUUAAAACAUUUAAAAUGUAUGCUUAGCCAUUUAAUGGCAUCAGGUUGGUUUUGGGGGUUUUAGAUUUUAAUGUAUUUUAUGUUCUCAGAUAUCUGCUUCUGCUUGUUUUAUGGUAUUUUGGUGAGCUGGAUAAAGCAGUGAGCUUGGAGUUAGAUCAGGAAUUAUCAGGGGGCCAGGCAGUGCAGCUAUCCAAGCUUUAAGGCCCGAGGUCCUACUCUGAGGCACCUCUGCAGUCUUAACACACUGCAGUGUGUUGUUCUACUCAUUCGUGUGGUUGUUAUUAAAGUCUCACAAGUUAACAUUCUGGAUGUGAGUGCCAACCGUGGUCCAUGAGCAACAUCCCUGCUGAUGAACAUGCAUGCUAUCAGUAUCCCCAGUUCUUUGUAGCCCAAGUUCAAAGAUUUUGCUAAUCUCUGUAUUUGUCAACAUCUCAUUUUCAGUGCCUAGAAAACAGAGCCAUUCCAUCUAUACAUGUGCUCAUUGGUUCAGAAAUCAGAGCCGUCUAUCUUACCUGUUAAUGGAGCACAGUUUCACUGACUAUUGCAAGUGAAAAACCUUUGACCCUUGUGAGUAAUGACAUUGUAAAGAGAAUAUAAGUACUGUCAUGAAUAUAAAGCAGUUAGAAUAGAUGGGAACCAAACAGCUUACUUAGGAGACUGUAGAUAGGACCACAAGAGGUCAAGCGACCUAGAGCUCUCAAGUCUGAGUCCAGGCCUGAUUUCCCUUAAGAUUUCUCUGCAAUCACCUAGCCUCCAGGCUUUAGUAAGCUAGAUCAUUCUCUGCUACUGAAAAGUUGUCAUUCCCUUCCUUGCAUGAGGUCAUCCAUGAGUUUGAAUGGAAAGAUGCCACCCAGGUACAAAUUUCUGGGAAUGAGACCAGACUUAUGAUCUCCACGUCACUCACUGGAGCAACUUGGUGCCCCCUGAAGUGAAUGAGGAGCAUCUGCUCAGGUUUGGGGGAUACUUUUCGUAGUCUAAUCUCUGAUUUGUGGAACUGACUUCUUCAUACACCCUCCCGAGGAGUUCUAGACUGCUUCCUGGUAAAGGUAGACAUGCUUCCUGCAAGCCAGUGCCCUGCCCAGAAUGGGCCCUUGGCAUUUCCUGUCCCCCUUGCUCAGAUUUUGAGAUCUGCAGCCCAUGGUGGAGAAUGGCUGAGCUGAGGGACCUACCUAACAGCACAAUUUGGCGUUCGUGCAGUGCUAAUACUCUGCCCUGCACUUCCUUCUCUGAGUGCCCCGACACCUCUGGUUGACACCUACCUGUCAUAUUUUUAACCAUAUUCAUAUAUGCCAUCAGUCAGAGCCCCAGCUUUCAUUACCUCCCCCUUCAUGGUAAAGUAGUAAGAGUUAAUCCACUGGUGCUAAUCGGCGAGUGACGUGCACGUCGACGUCUCAGUGCUAAGUACGUGCACAGAGUCUAAAGAGGCCUGCAUACUUCCACAGAAACUAAAGAGGCUAACAGGGACACAAUAGUUUGCAAUUUUUCUAAACCCACCAUGGACCCCCUUAUCUGGAAGUGAUCAGAGUGACCGUGUUCAGAGGCUUGCCUUUGGAAAAAAGGACAGGUUCCUUGACUUGAGUCACUCUUGAAUUCUGUAAGUAAGAA